AUGGAUAGAUCAUUUGGGGACGUUUCGCGCCGUGUACCUCGUCGCUCUGUGCUGCGUGGACUCGUUCCUCUUCGCGUACGACACGGGUAUCGUGGGAGGUAUAUCCUGACCUUUGAGGGAUUCCCAUCGACUUUGGCUAUGGCGAGCAUCAGAGCGCAAGCGUCGGGUCCAAUUCGACCAGUCUGCUACAGGCUGGAGGUAUGUCGAACAAUGACGACUGAGCUUACCUGGCUGCAUGCCUGCCAACGUGGCGGCGCUGACAAUGCACCGACAGCCUUCUUCUCAUGCUUCUUCAUCCGGCCAUUCGUGGCGCGUUUCGGCCAUCUUCAACAUCGGUGCCGUGAUCCAGACCAUCAACACGCACUCCCUAGCCGUUACGUGGCCUGCGUCAUCGGCGGCGUCGGCGUCGGCAUGGCCACAGUCAUCAUCCCCGCGUACUCGGCCGAGAUGGCGCCCAAGAACAUCCGCGGCACCCUGGGGUCCAUGUUCCAGUUCUUCUUCACCCUGGGUGUCGUGAAACCGUACUGGAUCGACUAUGCCGUCCAAAAGUACAUCCCCGUGGGUACGCGCCAGUGGCAGACCUCAGUCGGUCUGCAGCUCGUGCCCGGGGCCAUUCUGGGAUUGGGCAUGCUGCUCACAAAGGAGAGCACGCGUCGGCUGGCCAAGCAAGGUCGUCACGAAGAAGCCAUUGGGUCGUUGACCUGA